UUUCAGGUUAGUGAAUGUGAGCAUCAUUCGUGAUGUUGCAAAAUUAGUUUGGUCUAUGUUUGUUAGCACUUAGGUGACCAUGCCAUCAUUGGAAGAGGGAUGGCAACGUCUGCAUACAAAGGUACUUCCAAUGCAUGGACCUAGUGUAAUAAGUGCAAAUGUAGUUGCUACUCUGUCUGCCAUAUUAAAAUUAAAAAUUGUCAUCAGCUUUGGGAAGUUCAGAGAAAAAGGGAUCCUCAAUACUAAUGCAGGGAAACGGGGUUGGUGAACUCCACAUCAGAAAGCACCUCAGGAUGUUUUAGUCUGUGUGUAGAUGAUGUCCACUUUGCUUAUCUUUUUUCUGAUAAAAACUGCUUAAAUGAUUGAGCACUGCUGCAUUGUAAACUUACUAGCACCCUGUGACUUAGGAUGAUUAGAUGUUAUUUAGGUUCCACCUGACAAGCAAGGAAUCUCCACAAGCAUUGUUAUAAAUUAAAAAUGUAACGCCAAAUAUUACAUCAGGUGCCCCUUUGGGCUUCCUGUGAGCAUUAUGUGAUCUUGACCUUAUCGCCAUAUAUCAUCCAGUUUAUCGAGUUCUGUUCACUACCUUGCAUCUCUACAAUGGUUGCAGAUUUCAUUCACAAUCUGAACUUUUAGUAUUGUGCGCUUUCUUGAAUACCAUGUUGUGCUAGUUUACUGUUAAUUCUCAUAGGCCAGGUAUAUAGUCACUAAUAAUGUUUUGUGACUCUAGGCACUCUACAGAAGUUGGUGCUUUCUCUUUGACAUGCCAUUUCCGAACUAUGCGACUAAACACAUUUAUCAAAUUCAACUUAUUACUUGUUCCUAGAUAAGAUCUGCCAUAUUGUAUUUCUGUUUUAUUGAAACAAAUACCUGAAAAUAAAUUGUCCAGUUCAUAAAUUCAGUGCGACUAAGUAACAUGCAAAAUGCCAGAGACUAGAAAUGUUGGUUGGAAUUCCUCUAUUCUAGGACUUCUACUUUUAUAUUAAGAAUUCAUAAAAAGAUAAAUCUGUAAAUUUGUGGACAUGGCAAUUGUGGUCACCCUUUUCCUCUAUUGUGGAGUUAGCACUAAUCCCAAUGGGCAGGGAUAUUAAAUCACACCUGUCUUUGUUCAGAAUACCCAUAGUAUAUGUAAACUUUUGAAGGAGCUGAGUGAGGCAUCUUGGUUUCCACUGUUCCUCAUGGAUUCAGAACAGAAAUCUGCAGCACUGAGCAAGCCAUGCGUUCUCAUUAUAGUGGUGGCUAGUGUGGAGAGAUUUGUUUACAAGGGGGUAGCCUCAAAUCUUGUGACUUACCUUACUGAUGUUGUGAAGUCAUCCUCAGCUGCUAAGAGUGUUAACACAUGGAAUGGUGUCACGUCCAUGCUUCCAUUGGCUAGUGCCAUUCUUGCUGAUUCUUUCUGGGAUCGUUAUUCUACCAUAUCAUGCAAAAGCUUAACCUUUUCUAUCAUUCUCUUGAUUCUUGAUCAGGGCCUUGCAGGUUUAGCCUCUUGGGCCAUGCUGCAUUCAUGGUUGCCACGUUCUUUGUUGUUUUUGCCCCUGUACUUGAUCUCAGUUGGGCAGGGUGGAUACGACCCUUCAUUGCAAGCAUUUGGAGCUGACCAACUGCUGAUUGAAGAUGAUAAGGAAUCUCUCCCAGCUGAACAGAAGAAUCAGGUGAAGGGUUUGUUCUUCCAGUGGUGGUAUUUUGGCAUAUGCAGUGGUAGCCUCUUGGGGAACUCCAUGUCAUACAUACAAGAUACAUUUGGCUGGGGUCUUGGAUUUGCCAUUCCUUGCGGUGUCAUGAUCUUAUCUGUCAUCGCAUUCUGUUUUGGAAAUGCUCUGUAUACUCGUAAAGAACAGAAUACUGCUAACAAACCUUCAUGGAGCAUUUUCAAAGUACUGAAGGAAGCUUUACAUAUAUCAUUUACUCGAAAGGUCCGUUUGCCAGCUAGAGCUGAUGAUGACAGUGGCAUUUCCGAACUGGAGUUAGAAGAGAAGGCUCUUAAAGAUGAGUUUACUGAUCCGAGAGAGACAGGCAAUGGCCAUGACGCUACACCUAAUGUCACCAAGACAAUACUGAGGCUUCUGCCGAUCUGGACAACACUGCUGAUCUUUGCGGUCAAUUUUCAGCAGCCAAUGACGUUUUUCACCAACCAUGGGAUGCUGAUGAACCACAAGGUUGGCAGCACCUUUGUGAUCCCUCCAGCAACACUCCAGAGCUCGACGACGAUGUCGGUAAUACUACUCAUGCCACUGUACGACAAGAUCUUCGUUCCUCUGAUGCGCUUGUUCACUCGGGAGGAGAAGGGGAUCACCGUGCUCCAACGGACCGGCAUCGGCAUGGUCCUCUCAGUUGUGGCCAUGGUCGUCGCCGCCGCUGUCGAGUCGAAGCGGCUCCAUCUCACCAGCGAAGGAGACGCAACGCAGCUGAGCAUCUUCUGGCUGCUCCCACAGUACAUCCUCCUGGGAGUAGCAGAUGUGUUCACGGUCGUCGGGAUGCAGGAGUUCUUCUACACGCAGGUCCCCAGCUCCUUACGGACCACCGGCAUCGCGCUCUACCUCAGCGUCUUUGGCUUCGGAAGCUUCCUCGGCGCCUUCCUGAUCUCGGUCCUCGAGAUGACGACCGCGAUGUUGGGCGAGGGCCAUGGGUGGUUCUCCGAUGAUCCGCAGCAAGAACGCUUGGACAAGUACUACUUGUUCCUGGCUCUUGUGAGCACCAUCGGCUUUGUUUUCUUCACGUAUCUCUGCAAGUACUACAAUGACCCGGAGGCCGGAGGUGCCUGACGGGAGACUAGCUCCGCUAUCACAGGCUGCCGGCGUGUGUACAAGUACAAACAGCUAAAUGUACCAAUCAUUGUCAUCGCACUGUCACAGCCGUUUGUCUAUUUAUAAAACUGAUCUGGCUCUGCUGAAUCCAGGUCAGCAGUUUAAAACUGCUGAAGGGUCACCUGAGCACCCAAGAAACUGAUUUGAUUCUGCUGACUGAAGGACUGGUUCUUGGGCACCAUCGGCUUUGUGUUCUUCACAUGUCUGUGCAAGAUGCAUCGACCAGCUUUGCUCUAACUGGUUCGCAGCUUGCAUGCAAACUAUAAUCAACUUUCAUC